AUGUCGCACAACUACGGGGACACGAUCCCGCUGCACCCGUCGUCGGCGCAGUCCGACAUGGACGAGAUCGAGAGCCUCAUGUACGACGCGCCCUCCGCCACCGUCCUCCCCGCGCGGCCGCCCUCCCCGCCGCGCGCCUCCAUCCCCAUCUCCACCUCGCCUCCGCCGCCGUCCUCCAAGCCGCCCCUCCCCGCCUCCUCCGUCCCCAUCUUCGUGCCCCAGGGGCCCACCCCCGCCCCGCCCGCGUCCGUCUCCGUCGCCAUCGCCUCCGACGGCUUCGGGCCCCCGCCCAACACGCUCACCGAGCCCGUCUGGGACACCGUCAAGCGCGACCUCGCCCGCAUCGUCAGCAACCUCAAGCUCGUCGUCUUCCCCAACCCCAACCGCGAGGACCCCGGCAAGGCGCUCAGGGACUGGGACCUCUGGGGCCCCUUCUUCUUCAUCGUCUUCCUCGGCCUCACACUCUCCUGGUCCGCCUCUGUUAAGAAGUCUGAAGUAUUUGCUGUUGCGUUCGCUGUGCUGGCAGCUGGGGCUAUAAUCUUAACACUAAAUGUUCUGCUUCUGGGUGGGCACAUCAUCUUCUUCCAAAGCCUCAGUCUCCUUGGCUAUUGUUUGUUUCCUCUGGAUGUUGGAGCCCUAAUUUGCUUGCUGAAGGACAAUGUCAUACUAAAGAUCAUCGUCGUGACAGUCACACUGGCGUGGAGCUCCUGGGCUGCCUACCCAUUCAUGAGCGCUGCUGUGAACCCAAGGAGAAAGGCUCUGGCCAUCUAUCCUGUAUUCCUCAUGUACAUCUCGGUGGGGUUCCUCAUAAUUGCCAUAGAUUAG